AAUAAUAACCCAAACUAUGUUUUACUUGACAACAAAGCAUUUCGUAAUCUUUACGAAUCAACUAAAAUAGACACCUCAACGAUAAAACCUUGCUUACAAAUAGCUCCAAAGGACAGACAACACCUAGUUCAAACUAACACAUACAAUGAUGCUACGACCACAGAUGUCUUCAAUCAAAGAUUAGGCCUUGCCGAAGUACAGUUUCAUGAGAGUACGCAAAAUAUACCUGUACCGAACUCGAAUUCUUCCUCUGAUUUAAUGAACCCACAAGGUAUUUUUGAAAAUUCCCUAAACGAAACGAAAAUAGAUAAACACCGAUCAGAAUACGUUAAGAGAUAUAGCUAUUCCGCCAGUAAAGUUGACGUUUGUACGAAACAAACUCCAGAAUACUGUGUGCAACUUAUUAGGAAAGUGAAAAUGGACCUUGAUGUUACAGCAAUAGUGUCUCGCAAAAUGAAUUCUUUUCAAAAUAAUAAAUCAGGUAAUGAAGAACAUAUUAAUAAAGAAGAAUUGAAUCAAACGAGACGUCCGAAUUAUGGAACUGGCUUUCAGUACAUUACUCGAGAUCCUAGUAACAUGAUAACUAACAGCAAUGAAGUAGACUUUCCUGUAGCCACAGUUUCUGGAUUUGAUAAUUCUAAAGUUCAAAAUGCAGUCAGUCCACCCCCUCAAGUUAUUGAUGCUAACUCAAGUGUUGUUUUCGAAGAUAAUGAUAGAAAUUAUCCUAACAGCAAUAAUAAUGAUGGAAUGGUUAUUCCUGAAAUUUGCGAUGUAUUAGAAGAAAAGGAAAAUAUUCAUAGGAAUAAUGAAGAUAUGCGUGAAAUUGUUGAGCCAGUAGAGAUUGGAAAUGGACCAGUCAAAAAAGACAGAACAGUCAAAAAUAUACUACAAAAGUACAAAAAAAUAUUGGAAAAAAAUACAGUCAAACCUGCAACACCAAGUUGUUCGAGGAUUAAUACCACUGUCAAGCGCCAUGUCUCACCUACCAAGAAAUCUGCAAAACCGUUCAAAAUAACCGACAUACAUAAAUUACACGCUACAAUACCAGAAACUAUUGUGGAACAUAAACCCGAUGGACUUAAAGACUUCACACAAAUAAGAAAAAAUAUCAAUUUUGAUGAAAAGCAAAAUAAAAAUGAUAAUUUCAUUCCAAUUCCGUUCACACAAUACUCGUACAGAGCUGAAGUGGAACCAAUUGAAGAUAUUCCUCAAAAUGAGUCUAUGCAUGAUUUAGACAUUGAGCCAAUCAAUUUGCCUGAUAAUGUUGACCUAGAGCCGUCCAACGAUUUCAAAUUAGAUCAAUCAAUGUUAGAUCCGAAAACUGUUUUACAAUACGUGGCUGAUGAUGACGAUGCUGAAAUAGUUGCGCCGCCUGCAGAGUUCUGUGAUGGAGUUUCUUUCUCACCUGAUUACGGCACUCUUGAAGCUUCGAUGGAUGAAAAUGCAGAUGAAACAUUUCAACUUGAUAGUAACGCAGACACCGAAUACAAUGAGAGCAUAUUUGAUGACCUAUGUGCUACAGAUCUAACUCCUUCCAAGGAAAUAGAGACGUGGAAUUUAUCUCGAGAAGAAACUUGGGAGCGCCUUAAUCCAGUGAAGUUUGGUCCAGCUAAAUCGUUCACAGUGAUGCACAAAAAUACUAGCAACGAUUAUAUUUUGCAGAAUACUACAAUUCCAAGGAAAGUUAGACUUGGACAAUUUAAAUUCAGUCAAAAAAAUAAAUUAAAAAUAAGAAAGUGAAUCGUAGCAAACGUACAUAAUGUAGUAAGAUUUUUGAUAAUUAAAAACAAGAACUAAUA